AUGUUUGUGGCUGUGCAGAAACUACUUCCAGCAGUGAGUCUGUGGCUCUGUCUGACUCUGGUGAUCGGCGAGGAGGCUGACGUUCAAAUCACAAUUCCUGGCCAGGAGUCAUGGAAACCCAUGAAGCCAAAGAAGCGUCAGGCUAAUAUUAAAUUGGAUUUAGCCGGUUCGGCAACGGCCAAGAGUUAUGAGCCGCCACCAGAGUUUUAUCGAGGGCCGGGAUCAAGUAGUACCAGCAAAUUGGAUAACACGGCGGCAAGUUUCAUUUCGAAACCUAUUAGCUCAUUGCCCAGUCCAGGUCUAGGAGUAGGAGGCGGAGUCAGUGGCAGCGGAGGAGCAGGAGUAUCUCAUUUGCCAUUGCAUGAUGUGAACGAGAAUCUCAGUGAAGCUUAUGAUAAAUGGCGUCAGGGCAACGGUGGUGGCACUGGUGGACUGCAGGAUAGGAUAAGUGUGGGUCACUAUGGCAGCAAAAGUUAUGCCUAUGAUUCUCAUCCGUAUCCCUAUGAAUAUGGUGGUCCGGGACCAGGACCAGCACCAGGCUAUGGCAGUGGAUAUGGCAGUUCAAGCUCUGAAGCUGGACUUCCUUAUCAUGUCUAUAGACCACGUCCCGAGCAUGGCAAUUAUGGACCCGGUGGAGACUAUUCCUAUGGCUAUUCCUAUCCCGUUGAACAUCAUGAGAUUGUCUCGCACAAGGGCUCAUCAGAAUUAUCACCAAAAGCUCUGCUGGCCAAGAGUUUUCUCAUUCCGCUAGCAGGAGCCACUGUGUUGGGCAUAGCAGCUGCCUUGAUAAGUAAUCCUCUGCUAUUGCAGCUAGCCCCUGUUCCUGGUCUGGGUGUGGGUGUUGGGGUUGGUCCACCCAUUGUGGGCAAACGGAAGAGAAGACGGCGUGCCCUAAGAGCCAAUGGAAACGGCGCAAUCUAAUGAAAUUUGUAGCAAUCACAACCAAAAGUUGUCACGUAACUAGA